AUGUCUGCCACUGAAGCAUUUGCGAAGCCAAAGAUUGUUUGGCCCGAGCUCCCAACCGAGCUCUGGAUACGGAUUCUUCGUUGUGCUACUAGUCUACCUGAGGACUUCGACCUCGAACUUGUGCGUGGCGCAUUCCAGGUCAAAUACCCUUCGAAAUCAUAUCGCGAAGUCUUGGUCACCGCCAGAAAGAUUGUACGCGUGUCCAAACUAUGGAAUGAUCUAGCUACCCCGUUCCUGUACGAGACACUCUUCAUUGCGAAGGCACGACAGUUGGUGAAGCUUCGUGCUUCCUUGCACAAGUCACUCGGGGACACCAUGCCAGUAGACCGAUAUCGGGUGACUGGGAGUCAAGAAUCUACAGCUGGGAUUACCCCUACGCGCAGGCAACCUCUCGGAUUUUGGGUUCGACGGCUCGUCGUCACCCUGCAGCCGCCAUAUACCCCGAAUGUCGAUGUCACAUCUGAAAUACUCGAUCUCAUCUCUUGCUUAUCUGGCGGACUUGUUGCCCUCCACCUUCUGGUUCCUCUCCCAGACCACCCAAGUCGAUUCGUCUCACCGGCUUUCUUACAUGUCUUAAGAACAUUCCAUGGGAAAGCAUUGCGCUAUCUUAACUUAACGACAAAUCAACCAGACCGGGAGGUCUCUCUGGAAAGCUGGUAUGACUUCUUAGAGAAGAUGAACUCCCUGUCUGCGUUACGAUGUGAUGUUCGGUGCGAUCACACGAGACCGGAUAUCUUUUACAAGCCUCACCACUUAUCCGUCAUCUCUAUUCCUAUGGCAGAAUUCAUGGAUCCCGAGUCCCCCUCUACGUCUGUGGUUAAUGGCAUCCAGGAGUUGAUCACAACGCCGCGUGUCCCGCGUGUCCAGCUUGCCCCUCCAGACCCCUCUCGCCGUUUAAACCUUCACGUCCCGCAAUUCGGCAACAACCUCACUACACUCACGUUCGAUAUGCACAGGUUUGAAACUCAAUCUGGCGUCUCGCUGGAUUUGUCGUCUCUCUUUCCGAACCUAAUUCAUCUGCGACUCUCUUGCCGAAGUUGGUACGGACUGUAUAUCUCACCCCCGUUGGCAGUGCCACCCUCUGUCAUUCAUCUACGCCUUUCGUCCCUUCACUACACAUCCACCAACCAUUACCAAUACUUCUAUCUAGGCCAGAUACUUGAAACUAUCUAUUUUGAAGGUUCAUCACUCAAAGUUGUACAACUUGGUGGAAGGCCGCUUUUCAAAGAUUUGGCGCAGAGACACCCAUUGCUGUUGCAUCGCAUGGCUAGGAAGGUUCGGGAAAGGGGGCUGGAGUUGCACGAUCCAGAUGAUAAUCUCGUGGGCUGA